CAAUCUCCCCCAUGGCAGAGGAAAAGUGGGGCAGUUGCCCAUAGCAACCAGAGUGCUUCUUUUUAAAAAUGAAAGACAAAAUCUGAUUGGUUGCUAUGGGCAACUGCACCACUACACAGGUUCUGAUAAAUCUCCUCCAAUGACGGGACAUAGAGCAGAGAUUUCGGGUCAUUCUGAAAUGCUGGUACCAGGACACUGCAGCACAGCCCCCAUUCAAUUUAAUGGAACUAAGAUUUGACAGCAGUGGAUCGACCAUAAAUGUAAAUGUCCCAGAAAACGCUGGAAAAUCUCUUUAAUAUAUAUGAUAACUGCCCCUUCAAUGUUCAGCAUCUGCCACCCAGGAGGAGCCGGAGAAGACGGACGACCAGCCGAAGGAGGAGGAGACGGACGACCAGCCGAAGGAGGAGAAGACGGACGACCAGCCGAAGGAGGAGAAGACGGACGACCAGCCGAAGGAGGAGAAGACGGACGACCAGCCGAAGGAGGAGAAGACGGACGACCAGCCGAAGGAGGAGAAGACGGACGACCAGCCGAAGGAGGAGAAGACGGACGACCAGCCGAAGGAGGAGAAGACGGACUGCGAGCCCAAGAAGAAGAGGGAGCAGACGGACGACAACCGGAGGGAAACCACCGAUGACGCCAUCCUACAGCCGGAGGAACGCACCGCUUUUUACAGACUCCUGGUAUCUCCUGGCCAUGGUCUUCAUCUACUUCCGAAGAGCCAAUCUGCGUACGGAGGAAUAUAACACCUACUUCUUUCCAGCGCUGUUUCUUGCCAACCAGUUUGAAGAGGACGAGAUGUUUAGACGCGAGAUCUACCCCUGGGCCCUCGGACCGAUGUGGACGGCGAUGAAGACCUGGAUGCUUCACCUGCGGAACCUGCUGCUCCUCCGGAUGAGAUUUAACGCUUGGGUGACCAGAGACACCUGUGAUCGGAUCAUGGCACAAGACCCCGAGCACUGGGCAUGGAAGAGAGAGCGGCAGGAACAUCACGGCUGGGCCAUACGCUGGUACCGGAGGGAUCCUGGAGAGAACAUCCCGAGAGGCCCAUGGUGGAUCCCUCCCGCCUGCUCCGUCUGUAACACCGAUCUGCAGCCGUGUGCUGGGGAAGAAAACACCAAGCGAAGAAGGACGAAGGAAGAAGACCAGAACGGAUGAAGACCAAGACGUCCCAGAGUA